CGUCUCGUUACGUUCGUCUCAGUGGCAUAUCUAACCUCCUCCCGCUCGCGCGAAAACGUCUUGAAUUCCGAGCCAGUUCGCUUAGUCCGCGACCACCAGUAGGGCUAUUACCACCCGUGUUCACAUCCUGCCAGAGUAUUCGACCGCCGUGGCUACAACAAAAGAUGGCGCUAAAGAUAUGGACAUUUCUGUUAGUAAUGUCGCUGCCGGCUGCUGAGCGUGGACGCAGUUUCGGUUCAUUGGCGGCUACAGUAUUGGGCAAUAUCGAUUACCACCAAAUCCAACAAAAACUGUUCAUUCCCAACAGCAUCGGCGACGGUGGCGAUAUAAUAAUUCGGCCUCCUGCUGUGCCGCCGACCUUGUGGUGGACUGGCCAUCGGAUGGACAAGCGGGCCGCCCCUAAGAUAACCAACAAGAAUCCGUUCGCGGCGGUGGCGGCCGCGUCUUCGACCACACCGUUGGCCGACGGUCGGUGCAUGGCCCGCGUGCAAUCCGCACUCGGCGACAUGAUGUCUGCGGCGACUGGCGUUAAAAACGGGAACCGACGUCAUACCGCCGUCCCGCAGUCGCUGUCCGGUUUCAUGGACCUGUCCGGUUACGCGCUACACCAACGGUUGCGGACGGCGCCCGGCGCCGAAAUGUACGUGACCGGAAUGCGCGCCAAAGUGAUGCCGCCACGUGACGCCGCCGCCGCGGAAUCCUCACCGAGCGGCGCCGACGCCGGUGGCGGCGGUGUGGGUGGCGACCGUUCGUGGGCUCGGGUUGACGGGUGUCGGUACGAUCCGCUUGGCAACACGCUCGAGGCGCGCAUGCGGUUCGGCCGCACGUUGAUGGUGUCCGGCUCGGUGCGGCUAUUGUACGGCGGUGGUGGCGGCGGCGGCGAAACCGGAUGUGACAUGACGCUGCGUCUCAGGCCCCGAGCCGGUUUGGGAUUUACGGCCGCGCCGCUCACCGUGCCGGAAAAAUCGCCGCCCAACCGGCUGACGGCCAUGCCAACGAUGACCAUUCGCACAACGGCCACGUUCAUAGAUCCCGAACCCGCCGACGACCCGGCCGGCGCGUACGUGAGCGUCCACUCUUACAACUGCGUGGGCGGGGCGGCGGGAUUCCCCGGCAACAGGGAACGGCCGGUGGCGAUGGCCGCUUCGUCUGAUCACUACGAACAGUUUUUGUCGUCCGAAUUGGGCGGCGGCACUAGCGACGAACUGCUGAUGUCGGCCGGCGGCGAAACCGACGUGGACGUGGACGACGGCGGCACAGAGUCUAACAGCAGCGGUCAGGGCGACGAACGUAGUGGUCGGCGCCCGUCGUCGGCGUCGUCCUCCUCUACGUCAGCGUCCGACGAAACCGCACCCGCCGAUAACCCGCCCGUUUCGGUCGACUUCCCCUACGUCUCGGCCGGUUUCGUCAACCCACCGGCACCCAGCCCGGAACCCAGGCUCCACAGGAUACAGUACCACAACAAACUACCCCAGCACCCGCUGUUGACCAUCGCGUCCUCCGCUGUCCCUGCGGUCAACGGUCCACAACACCAGCAGGCGCAGGCGCAGGAUCAACUCCUCAUGGAAAUGGAAGACGUGUUCGUCCGCGGAGUUCGAUCCCUGUUGGCCAAACACAUGGAACGCACUCUGAAACCCGUCUUGAAGGACUCGCUCAUGGCCAACAUGGGCUACACAGUGUCGUACGGUUGACAUAUUUUAUUGUGUCGUUACACCGCAUGCGCAGUGUACACAUUACCCUAAAUUUUUUUAUUUUUUUAUUUUUUUAUUUUUUUUAUAUAAUUUAUAUAUAUAUAUAUAAACUUUAACCGGUUAGUCAAUAUUAUAUAGUACCUAUAUAUGACUACAUAUUAUACAAUGCAAUAACUUAUUUUGAAAUAUGUAUAUGUUUAACACAAACUAUGUUAACGAUCGAUUCUGUUUGUGUUGCUUAAAAACAAUACUAACGAUGGAAAUCGUGUCAAACAUAUUAUUAUUAUAUGUUGUAUUAUUUUUAUAAAAGGUGUUUUUAUAUCAUACACAAAUAUUGUUUAGAUUCUGCCAUUGAGAAUGCAUCAUUAAAUUAAUAUAAUACAUCACCAUACUUGAGUGUUAUAAAAAUAAACAAGUUCUGAAAACCGUCGUACCUAUAUGUCAUAACGGUUAUUGAGGCAAUAAGACAAGUUAUAUUGAUGUAAAAAGAUUACUAGUAAAACUGCACUUUUAAUAUUUGUGACCAAAUCGGUUUUUGUAAUAAUACAUUAUUAAACUAUCAAUAUUAUAUCAA